CCUUGAGGGAGGCACACCAGUGUUUCACUUUCAUUUCUCUAGAAAAAAGGCUCUAAGGCUUGGAAUACCACAACGCCGUCGCAGUACUCGACGACCCCGCGCCAACAUGUCAGUUAAAGUGUCGAAUUUAAUCAUUCAGAUCCUGUGUGAAGAGCAAGGCAGUUUGGCCUUUAAGAAGCUGCUAGAAAAACUAGAGCAGAAGUUUACUGUGGCGGAAUCAGUCCUUCAAAAUGUCCUGGUGGACGAAGACAGAAUAGCUCUUCAAAAAGGCGUCCUGGCCCUCCAGCCGGGUGAAGUACUGAGCCAAGAUACCGUGGUUGUGGCCAAAACUUCUUUACGGAUCUGCCAGAAGAAACCUGGCGAGUGUACACAGUGUGACAGUUUGCACCUGUGUAAGUUUUAUGUGCUGGGUACCUGCGUUUUUGGAAUCAAGUGCAAACAGCCACACUCAUUUGCUCAUCCACACAAUACGGAGCUGUUGAAGAGAUUUGAUCUCAUACACCUUUCAGAGAAACAGUUGUUCCAACUGUUACUACAGAAUGACCCCUACCUUCUUCCUGAUAUAUGCUCACACUACAAUCUAGGCGACGGAGCAAGCGGUUUGUGCGAGUUCAGCUCCAGGUGCCACAAGCUUCACGUCUGCAAGCCCUAUUUGACCACAGGAAAAUGUAAACAGGACAACUCGUCGUGUUCCAGAAUCCACAAUAUUGAUGGCAUGUCACACAAGAGUUUUGAAAGACUCAGUCUAGGGAUGAUCAUGAGACUUGCAAAAAUAUACAAAAAUAAAUGCAUCAUCACGGAUCGAAGGCCUGCUGCUGCUGCGGAUGCAAGAAAUUCCGCUGGCUUAAAGGGUGCAGCUAAACCAGUGAGUGAUUCUGAUAAGUUGGAGAUAUGCCUCUUCUCCCUGACAACAUCCUGUGCCUAUAAAGAAAAAUGUGUGCGUGUCCACUGGCAACUACCUUAUAGGUGGCAGGUUUUGGAAAGUUCUGGUUCCUGGAAAGACUUGAAUGGCAUGGAGGCCAUUGAGAAGGCCUAUUGUAACCCAGGAAAAGAGUCAAACAAGGAAGACCAGGAAUUAAGUACAGGGUUUCUUGCAAGAUUGAAGAAUUCUUACACCGUAGGUAGGCCUCAAACUGCCGGUAUACAAACGGUGGACUUCAUAGGGAUGACUUGUAACGGGUCUCCUGUACGCCGCCUGUCCACAGCCUCUUCUGUCACCAAGCCACCUCACUUUAUUCUGACAACACAGUGGCUCUGGUACUGGAAGGAUGAUGAUUGCAAAUGGCAUGAGUAUGGUCAGGACUUCCUUAACACUCUCAAUUCUGAAGAGUUGGAGAAAACGUACAUGGCAGACCAAAAGGCACAAACAUCUUUCUCUGCUGGCACACAACAGUAUGUGAUUCAUUUCAGUCCAGCAGGAACUCGGCCGAUGUAUCAGCAAAAUAUCAAAUAUCUUACCUGGCGGGAGGUCCGAAGGAGGCCUCGCUUUGUGUCCUCUUCUGAUGUGAAAGCCUUGCUAAAGAACUCCAAGUCUUCGGCAGAUGAAGUCCCCCCCCACUGGAACAAGAGUAUGCUACCCGACAUUGGAUACAAGCUUGUGCAAAUUCCCCAAUCUCCCGAGUACAACAGCAUCGAAAGUUUGUUCAAAGCAACAAUGCCACAGAGUAAGAUCCAAAGUAUCAAGAGGAUCCAGAACCCUUCUCUGUGGACUCGCUAUAAUUUGAAGAGAAAAGAAUUGAAGACGAGGAAUUCAGGGAUUCCUGCCUUGGAGCAGUACUUGUUCCACGGUACAAAUGAGAAUAUCACCCAAACCAUCUGUGAACAAAACUUUGACUGGAGGGUGAAUGGCGUCCAUGGCACCGCCUACGGCAAAGGAAGCUACUUUGCCAAACAGGCUUCUUACUCAAACCGCUAUGUCACAGCCACAGGUGCCAUCAAGAGCAUGUUCGUAGCUCUGGUUCUGAUCGGGGAAUACACCAAAGGACACAGCAGUUAUUGCCGGCCACCAGCCAAACCGUUGACCACAACCCUUUAUGAUAGCUGCGUUGAUAAUGAGGCAGCCCCCAAUAUUUUUGUCAUUUUUGAUAGUCAUCAGAUUUAUCCCGAGUACAUUAUUUACUACAGUGGCUAGCAAGUGAAGUUUUGGUGAGAACUUGGGAUACACUGCAUUAAUUUGUUGCCGUAGUGACGUAAUGUGAUUAAUAGAGCAUAAAAAUUUUUGCUGUCGGUGAAAAUUUAGAUCUUAAAACAAGUGAAAUAUAAAAAGUGAUAUAUUUUGAUGAUCAAUCAACUGGAGUCUUACAUGAUGUUAGCCACCUUGGCAGUCCCAAAAUAACUAGGUGCACUGCAAACAAAAAAAAGCUAAAUCAUUUUUGACUGCACCAGUCUGAAAAACAAAACUGACCUUAACAUUCCAUUUCAUACUGUUUUUGCAUAAGUUUCUACAAUUUUUCACAGACUUUAAUAAAAAUGAUGCACACGUGUCAUGACUUAAAAUUUGCUGUAUCAAAUGACUGUAUAACAAAUUACCACAAUAAAGAAAUUGAUGCGUUUUUAA